AUGGCUUCAACAGAGGACGGCAAAUCAGCAACCACACCAAAGAAACUAAGUAUCGUUGAUAGUAUUAUGCCAUACGCCGAUCCUUCCGGUAAGGCGUCCAUGUCGAUAGAGACCGAAGUUGUGAGUAGCGGUAAUACACAGACCAAACCUACGCAGACAGUUUGGUAUGAGACAUCUCAGAUCGGUGUUGUCUCAGGUAGAUCACCCUCUGCAACAACUAAAAGGUCAUACGAAUCGGGCGAAUCAGUGACAAGUAAAUGCCGUGUAAAGUCGCCCUCUUAUAAAAUUGCACUGGCGGACCCGAGACUGAAGGAGUUUGUGAUAGAAAUGCCGUCCGAUCCCGCACCCAAGCCAAAUGCGGAUGCUUCCGCAACACUAGCCGUCUACCUUGCCUCUAGACCAUACCAGAUGUUUUGUUCCAACUGCCCUGUCAACUCACACGUCUCAUCGCCAUCAAGGAUGUUUUCCUCACUUUCUUCAAUGAAUCAUACUACUGAAGAUGGAACACAAGCAUCUAAAACAGUGAAGCCAUUCUUCAAUUCGCUGUUUUCUUCCUCCGAGUUUUCAAGCAUGUUUGCGAAUAUAUUGGGAGUACCUAAACAACAAAAUGGUGAUAUUGGAAGGCCCGAGAGUGUUAUAUCUGGGCAGGAUUUAGAAACUGCAGAAAUCACCAAAGAUGAUAAGGACGAUGAGGAGGCACAAUUGAGUCUUAAAAAGUUGACGCUACCAUUAUUAGAAUAUGCAAUAGAAACAUAUACCGAGCAGCCGCCUAAUAGCGCUGCUUCAGACACAUCCUCAUCCUUGCAUAAUGGUGAUCCCAAGUUCCUGCUUAAUACUAUACGGACUACUUUCUCGUCGCGGGAGACACUUAAUGAUAGUUUUCUUCAAACAUCUUCUGCGCCAAAGUCUUCUCAUCCAUCUGGAAUUGAUUUGGUAUCACUCCGAAAAGCUUAUGACCUUAUAUUUGAGUUAGAACCAAAAGCAUUGUUUCGGUCAACCGUAUUUGAUGCCUUGGAAAUUUUGCUCUCAAAAGUUUUGGUGAAUCCGAAAGUUCUCGAUCGGGAAGAUGCGUCAAUAAGAUAUUUCCUGAUUGUACUGGAGGCGUUGUUAGAUUCCUCGAAUCGCGUUGUACCAAUAUCAAUAGUUGGCAAAAUGGUUAAAAUCUUGGCGUACGCGUGGGAUAGAAAAGGAUUAGCAUGCAACUUGAUUAUCAAAUGGCUUUCGAGUUAUGACAUAGACUCCUUCACGAAUCUACUACUCGUCUUUCAAAGAUUUCUUGGGGAUCGAUAUCAUCCGCCACCAGCCUUGUUAUCAGAAGAAAUAAUGUGUGCUGCUAAAACAAUCACAAUGAUGUAUAAGGCAAACGAACUUGCAUCCCCCAAACCUAUUGUAUCACACGUAUUAUUCUAUAAUGAUUAUUUAAGUGAAAAGAUGAAGACGAAGGAAGAGUAUAAAGUCUGGAAGAGAAUUCACGGAAACGCUGGGUCGCGGCUGGCAUCUUCAACAGUGUUUACAUUCUUGGACUAUCCAAUACUACUUGAUCCCGUUGUGAAAUCACAUAUAAUCAAGAUCGAUUCUAUGUGUCAAAUGGCUUUGGGAUAUGAGGCACGUACAAAGUACUCUCUUCAUCUACUUUAUUGCGAUGCCUGCGUCCACCAUGCUUUCUAUAUACAAACCCAGCGUCAUUUGCCGGAGCCUCCUCGCAACACCGAAACUCUCCAAGCGCGUACUAUACCAGUUCUCUUCUUUGAAAUUCGCCGUGAAUUCCUUGUCCAAGAUGCAUUAGAUCAAAUAAUCACAAAACAACAUGAUCUAAAAAAACCUCUGAAAGUAAAGUUCGGAGCAGGCGAGGACGAGGCACAAGAUCAGGGUGGCGUCCAGAAGGAAUUUUUCCAGAUUCUGCUAGAGAGACUAAUAGAUCUCAAAUGGGGAUUGUUUAUAUUUGACGAGCGAACGAGAUGCCAUUGGAUUAACGGCGCGUCUGAUGCUAGUGAUCGGAAAUUUGAACUAGUAGGAGUAGUACUCGGGUUAGUAGUAUUUAAUGGGAUAAUUGUGGAUAUCAAUUUGCCAAAGGUGUUUUACAAAAAGUUGUUAGGUUGGGAGGUAACGUUUGAUGACUUCAAGGAUAGUUUCCCGGAAAUUGGCAAAGGCUUAGAACAAAUGUUGGCGUGGUCAGAAGGUGAUGUCUAUGAUGUCUACCUGCGUCAUUUUGAGAUUUCAUACGAAUACUACGGUACAGAACGAAUGUUUGAACUCGUUAAGAAUGGUAAUGCUAUUCCUGUAACGAAUGAGAACCGAGAAGAAUACGUGCGCUUGUACUACCAACAUUAUGUACAUAAAUACGUGGAACGACAAUUCAAUGCCUUCAAAAAGGGUUUUAUGAAAAUUUGCGAUGGAAUGAUUUCAAAGUUACUGAGACCGGAAGAAUUAGAAUUAUUAUUAUGCGGUAAUCGAGACCUCAAUCUUGACGACCUAAAAAACCACGUGAAAUAUGAAGGCGGAUUUGAUCCAUCACAUUCAACGAUACGGAGCUUCUGGGAUGUAUAUUCAGAACUGACAGUAUCCCAGAAACGUGAUCUACUCGCUUUCGUUACUUCGAGUGACAGAAUUCCAAUCCGAGGUUUUAGUGACGUAUCAUUUACUAUUCAGCGAAACGGACCCGAUUCAGACAAGCUACCAACGGCGCGAACAUGCUUUGGAAUUCUUCUUCUACCGGACUACAAAACAAAAGACAAGCUUCGCAAUAAGCUUCUAGUUGCUCUUGAGAACCGGCGAGGGUUUGGCAUUGCCUAA